AUGGCGCAAUCCACUCGCGAUAUCGUAAACAAGCCCGCCGAGGGCAUCUCAUACUUUACCCCUGCGCAAAUCCCGCCCGCGGGAUCCGCAGCGAUUCCCCAGUCUGAUGGAGCUCAGCCACCAAAGCUCUUCCAGCCUUUCAAAGUGCGGGGUGUAACCUUCCACAAUCGAAUUGGGCUCUCGCCUCUAUGCCAAUACAGUGCCGAUGAUGGCCACAUGACGGACUGGCACAUGGCCCACCUGGGCGGAAUCGCUCAGCGUGGACCCGGUCUUCUCAUGGUCGAAGCGACAGCAGUGCAGGCCGUGGGUCGAAUCACCCCACAAGACCAUGGUCUCUGGAAGGACUCUCAGAUUGAGCCACUCCGCCGCGUGGUGGAAUUUGUGCACAGCCAGAACCAGAUCAUCGGUAUCCAGCUCGGCCAUGCUGGACGCAAAGCAAGCACUGUAGCACCAUGGUUGAGCGCCGCAGAUACAGCCACGGAGGCAACGGGUGGAUGGCCCAACGACGUCAUCGGCCCAUCUGAUAUACCCUUCAGGGACGAGUUCCCGAAACCCAAGGCGAUGACGAAAGCCGAUAUUGAACAAUUGAAGAAAGACUGGGUAGCUGCCAUCAAGCGAGCUCUCAAAGCAGGCGUGGAUUUUAUUGAGAUCCAUAAUGCCCACGGCUACCUUCUUAUGAGCUUUUUGUCACCGGCCGUUAAUCAACGUACCGAUGAAUACGGUGGUAGCUUUGAGAACCGGAUCCGGCUGACAAUGGAAAUCGCAAAAUUGACUCGCGAGAAUGUUCCUGAUGACAUGCCUGUUUUCCUACGUGUCUCGGCUACUGACUGGUUGGAAGAGUCUAUGCCCAACGAGCCGAGCUGGCGCGUGGAAGAUACUGUUCGUCUGGCUAAGGCCUUAGCAGAGAGUGGCAAUAUUGAUGUGAUGGAUAUCAGCAGUGGCGGAAAUCAUAAUUUGCAGCAUAUUCAUGCUAAGCCGGCUUUCCAGGCGCCUUUUGCUAUCAAGGUAAAGGAGGCAGUUGGAGAUAAGCUGAUGGUCGGCUCGGUCGGCAUGAUCAGCUCCGCCCACAUGGCCAAUGGUCUUUUGGAGAACGAUGGCUUGGAUUUCGUCCUUAUUGGACGAGGAUUCCAAAAGAACCCAGGUUUGGUAUGGACCUGGGCGGAAGAGCUGGAUGUUGAGAUCGCCAUGGCUAACCAAAUCCGCUGGGGCUUCGCCAGUCGUGGCGGUGGGGCCUAUCUGAAAAAGAAAGGGGUCCAGGUGUAA